AUGCCUCUCUCCCUCUCAAACCCCUUCAAAUCAUCCAAAUCGCAGCGUCAGACGACGGAGAAAGCUCAGAAGUCUGUCAAGGACGACUCGUCAUCUGUCUACAGCAAUGCUGCCACGCUGGUGGCUGGCAAAGAACAGUCAGCAAAGGCGACCCGGGACCCUCAACACCAGAGGGGUAUCGACUUUAGUUCUACGCGAUAUACCCCGAUGGGAAUGUGCCCUCGUUCCUAA